AUGUAUUCUUCUAAGGAACAAACUGACUUAUUAGCCUGGUGGAGUGCACUCGGCUUCGUCUCGAUUAAGUCGGCGUCGGGAUGGUUUGCUCGUAUCCCUGUGGAAGCUCACCGUCUUCAGUAUGGUCAAGAGACGUCUACCGACAGAGUCGACUUGGUAACUGUAGUGUCGUAAGAUUCUUUUGAGACAUCCUUAUUCCGCAGAAUUCGAGACGCAGACAAUCAGUGGGCAUUUGCGCCGCAUUGAUAACCCUACAAGUUGUCAUACUGUGGUUGCCAGCUUUACCACGUACGAAGUGCGGUUCACAAACAUAGGUCAUGUUGGCGUUUUUAUAUCUGUGUUGACUGUCGAUAAAGGUUAUUCGUAAGUGACAGUUUAAGUGGCUUUGACUAGAUGUUGAACCCUCCAAUAAUAGUUAUGAUAAGUACUUUCCUUCAUGAUGUUGAUGGCGAUUCUUGGUAUUGUGCGCAUUGUUGUUUCUACUUUCAUGUUCUGCUUAUUGCUCUUUAACAUAACCUGUUUUUGAACCCGUGAGUGUUCCAUGCUUGUUGGUAAUUUAGCUACGAUAAUAGAAGUUCUUCCUCUCUUCCCCCCCCCUCCCCCGAUAAUCCUGUUUUAGCAUUUCCUGAUUACAGUCAAGUCUUCUAUUGCAUAUUGCGACUAAGGUUUCAUCUUCUGGUGGUGCAAGCAUACUUUAUUGUGUACAUAUGUGGAAAUUUUACAGCCCAUAAGGACCCAGACAUAUGCAAUGGUAGUUGUUUUUUGCAUUUCCCCAAAUAACCUCAACAGUUGGUUUUAGUGAUCGGAGACUUACAUAUACCCGACCGUAAAUAUUACAUUCACCCUGCGUUCAAAGCACUACUUGCCCCAGGCAAAAUACAGCACGUCUUGUGCACCGGAAAUUUGUGCAGUCAAAGUGUCUACGACCAGCUCAAGUGCAUUUGCGCUGACGUCCAUGUUGUUAAAGGUGAAUUUGACGAAGUAAGUCACUUCGUUUAGUUUUUCCAGAUAACAUUUCUACCAGUUUCCCUUUCCCGAAACCAAAAUACUUACCGUUGGGAGAUACAAAAUCGGACUGACGCAUGGACAUCAGGUUGUUCCGUGGGGCGACCGCGAAAGUCUGGCUAUGCUCCGAAGACAGCUCAAUGUAAGCAUUCUUAUCUCCGGCCACACUCAUAUACCGGAGGCCUACGAAUACGAUGGUGGGAUUUUCUUGAAUCCCGGAUCAGCCACCGGUGCUUUCAGCCCUUUGAAAGCGUGAGUUUUUGCUCUUUCCAGGCACGGACUGUCUUCUUUGCUCUUAUAGCGGUAGUAUUAACAAAAAGUUUUGCAAACUUGAGGACUGUUCGCCUCUGUUCAUAUGGAAACAGGUUCAGUUGUUGGUAUAGGUUGGAUGUUCGUAUCGUUUUCUUCUGAACUUAUGUUGAUGCGGUGUUCAGUCGUCAGCCACGAACCUACUGACGACACUGCCUUUUCAGUCGACCUGAUUGCUAGAAUUCACAUAUUUGACUGGGACAAAUAACCCGCGCCCCUAAUGACCUUGAAAUAUGAAUGCGAUACUGCCUUACCCUCCUCCGGAUUGCCUUUCAACUGAAUCAACGCAGUUGUGAUGUACUACCCUGUGAUUCUCGACUGGGCUUCGGGAGUAUUUGGACGCUAUCGCAACAUCAGUAUCGACACCAGCGUUCAGGACUGCGCCUGUUUACAGUUGCAACUCUUCCGAACUGAAAAUAACGAAAGUGUAGAAUUGGAAUGGCGCGUUCAUCAUUGUCUCGGAAACCUACGGGCACAGUAUCCGAACUGGGCAGUACACUCUAGCCACGACGACCUGGCAGAAUCACCCGGCUAAUUUAAAGGUGGUGACUCGGGCGCCCUGGACUAAGGGAUGCCGCGGUCACUGUUCUGAAUCGUAAACCAAGAAACCAAUGGCUUCUAGCUACGAUGAAGCGCUGAUGCCCAUGAUUUCGAGAACAGGCAAAUGGUGCCUACUUUUGAAUGCAAUGCCCGCCCGAAAUGCAUGUUGCCACGCAUUUCGCAGAAUAAGGGCUUUAAUCAUACAUACCCCCAGUCGUGGUAGGUCACAAAGAGCCAUUACCCUUAUAAGUAUGCAAUAAAGUAUUACACAUCUGUGACAUGACCAGCCAGACUAUAAGGAACUCAUCUUUGUACCUUUUAAGAAAGAGACGGAAACCGCACCUCUUCAAGUUUUCAGUAAAGGCUUUUAUUGCCUUUAUCACACAUUAAAGCUCUCAGUCUAUGUCAAUAAUCCAUGGUGCUCGGUGUCAGGUCCGACUCUUGACUUCAAAUGUGCACACAAGCCAUUACACCAUGCAACAGGCAAUAUUACCUUGUCGUAGAUAAUAUUUUCUCGUCGAUGAAGUCUUACCUCCUGUAUAUAACCGCGAACAAUCCAGUCGUAUCUCGUAGAGCAGCAGAAGUAGCUAAGCAACACCUAACGGCACGAUGUGAAGAUUAGGCGAACUACAAUGGCAGAUGAAACCGGGGGGGGUGGGGGGUAGAACUACAGCACGGCUUGUCCUCGUCUGAAGCCUGCGAACUAGCUCUUCAUCCCCAUUCAAAUUCGGGCUACUUUAUGUAUCGACCUCUUCCCGGACUCUGCUCAUCAAUUUUGUGGAAAAUUCUCUGUUGCCGAGACGCAGACUUUAACCGGGAAAUCAAUAGACUUCCCUAUUUGUUGGAUUGUCGAUUCUUUGGUCGAUCGUAUUGCUGAUACCUGCGGUUGUAACCAGAUGCUUGUCGUCAAACGCGGCGUACAAGUGGGGUCACACGGGUGGUGGUGGUGGUGGUAGUACAGCAGGCUUAGGUGCAUACAGGUGCUACAGCUCAUUCUCCCCCAGACGCCGAACGAAAUGACGGCGUUUUAUAUUUUGAACCGUAAUCAACUGGUCUGGCCAGUGGACAUGCGGACCAGCUCGCGUGCGUCGGAUUGGGUGUGGUGUCUCAACAGUCCGUUUUAGGCACCUCACCACCCUGGGUAUGAAUGGUGCGUAAAGAGCAAGUCGAACUCCGAAAAUUCCAGUCGCCGUUGGACCAGACGAAUUCGGUAUAGGGAUUCGCCGUGUCCGGACAUUACGAUGGGAUGGGCCGUGAAGGACACCAAAGACUUGCCGCCUUAUUGUUAUGCAAUCAAGGGGGCGCUGUAUGUCGGCUAACUUGUCAUAGCUGGUGGUUCCAAUUCCGGUUCGUUGUCACCUAAUUUGGCCGUGAUCAUUGCUUUAAAAUCAAUAGACCCUGCAUGCGUGACACCAUCUAGCUCAGUGCGCGAUAAUGCAUUUGUAAUUGUACUGAGGUGUGUAAUCUAGUUGUCGAACAUCGUGUGGGAAACGGCUUGACCGGAAAACAAGGUUUAUGAACGUUCGGCACGACAAACCAUCGAUUCCCCAAGAAGUUCCAGAAUGACUUGCAAUCUCUCUAUGUGGUAUGAGUCACGAAUUAUUCGGCGAUCACUGUUCGUUAUUUAUCCGGGACUGUUUCCGUAGACACUAGAAGGGUCGUACCGCUGUCCCCAAGUAUAUGCGGUCCAAGUCGUUGCAUCACAUCUACCUCUGCAUCCUGUCCCAUAAGUGUUUACAGUUUCUGGAACGGUCUGCAUGCCCUUAGGUGGAGUUCAGAGGACACAAGAUAAGAAGACUGUUUGCUCACAACCUAAACGCCAGGCCUCAGGAGCCCUAGUCUUCUGCAUCACAAUCAUCAAUAUCGGCUACGAGCUGCGCUGCAGAACGCCGGACCCAGUCUGUCACCUUUCAAACAACCGAGCAUGACCGCCUGUCGUAUGACUCUGGGUCCUCUAACGGAUAGGUCCUCUCCUGCUUCGGAUUCGUACGCUGACUAGUCUGUCGCAGUGUUUUACCGACGCAGGCGGCUGGUAGACGAAAUUGAUCCGGCAUAAACUUGUGCCCCCAAACAAACGCACCAGAGUCAUCAAGGGCGACUUGGUGUCACUAUAUCGGCAUCUAGCGCGGACCAUUUGAUCAACUAGAUCCAGAAUCCAUUUCCAAGUCUACAUGUUGUCGCUCAGCUAGCCUCCCCAGAGCGCCUGACAGCAUGCGUUCGAGCAUAUUCCCAGUGCUACUGUUUUGCGACUGAGUUCAUUUUCACUCCCUCUUCCAGGUCCCCACAGCCGACCUUCAUGCUACUUGACAUUCAGGAAUCCUCGGUCAAUCUGUACACGUACCGUCUGGUUGGUGACGAGCACAAAGUUGAACGAAUGGAAUUCCCCAGCGCCGCCUGA